GGUGACGCUGUUUGUAACACACCUGUCGAUCCGUGUAGAUCUCCUGAGGAGGCUGUCCAAAUCCCAGAAUACGGUAUUCUGUGGGCGAAUCCAGCUCUUCCUGGCACGUCUCUUCCCUCUGUCUGAGAAAUCAGGGCUCAAUCUGCAGAGCCAAUUUAAUCUGGAAAACGUGACGGUGUUCAACAAGAACGAACAAGAGAGCACUUUCGGCCAGAAGCCUACAGAGGAAAAGGAGGACGGCAUGGAGGUGGAGGAAGGAGAAAUGGGAGAGGAGGACGCUCCUGCCCCAUGUUCCAUUCCAAUUGACUACAACUUGUACAGAAAGUUCUGGACUCUGCAGGACUACUUCCGAAACCCCGUGCAGUGUUACGAUAAAUUAUCCUGGAUGACAUUCCUGAAGUUCUCAGACGAGACGCUGGCCGUGUUCAAGAGCUACAAGCUGGACGACAUGCAGGUCUCCAAGAGGAAGCUGGAGGAGCUGAGGGCGUCCGGAGGGGAGCACGUCUACUUUGCCAAGUUUCUAACCAGUGAAAAGCUGAUGGACUUGCAGCUCAGCGACAGCAACUUCCGGCGGCACAUUCUCCUGCAGUACCUCAUCCUCUUCCAGUACCUGAAGGGUCAGGUCAAGUUCAAGAGCUCCAGCUGCGUUCUGAACGACGACCAGACGACGUGGAUCGAGGAGACGACUCAGCUGGUCUUUCAGCUGCUGAAGGAGAUCCCUCCCGACGGGGACAAGUUUGCCACCAUGGUCGAACACAUCCUCAACACGGAGGAGAACUGGAACGACUGGAAGAACGAGGGAUGCUCGAGCUUCGUGAAGGAAAGGACGGUGGAUGACAAGAUCAAGAGGCCCACCAGGAAAAGACAAGCGCCGGAAGACUUCCUCGGGAAAGGGCCGGACAGCAAGAUUUUCAUGGGGAAUGACGAGUUGACUCGACUGUGGAACCUGAACCACGACAACAUGGAGGCCUGCAAGUCCGACAGCAGGGAGUUCAUGCCGCCGCUGGACGAGUUCUUCGCGGAGGCCAUCGAGCAGGCCGACCCCGCCAACAUGGUGGAGGACCAGUACAAAGCGGUGAGGAACCCAAACUACGGCUGGCGCGCUCUGCGGCUGCUGUCCAGGAGAAGUCCGCACUUCUUCCAACCGACCAACCAGAAGUUCAAGAGCCUCGCCGACUACCUCGACAGCAUGGUCAGCAAACUGGCCAAAGAGCUGCCGAAGGAUAUUCCCUCCGAGAUGAUCAAGACGGGGGAAGAGGACGACGACGAUAACGGAGACAAUCUUCUCAAAGACAGCAACGACAGUCCCGGCCUCCAGAGCAAGACGGUGACCAACCAGCAGAUGGACGACAUCGCGGCGAAGCUGGGCGGCCAGUGGAAGGCGCUCGCGUCUCACUUGGAGAUGAAGGCGGCGGAGCUGCGAGAGAUCGAGACGGACAGCGAGGACCUGGACAUGCAGGCCAAGCUGCUGCUGGUCGCCUGGCAGGACCGAGAGGGCUCGCAAGCCACCGUGGAGAGCCUGGUCGCGGCGCUCGGCGCCGCAGGGUUCCCCGAGAUCGCGGACAACCUCAGCGAGGCCUGACGUCCGCAGACUUUUUUUUUUUUUUUCAUACCGAAAACAUUUGGAAAUUUAACAUUUUUGUACGUAGUGUAGGUUUUUCACUGUAAAGCAUUCCAAUAAAUGUUUUUACUUGAAA